AGAUGUGAAUAAACUUUCAAUAAAAAAAAAUAUUUUUAGUUGUAAACUUAAUUUUUUAUUAUUUUUAUUUUAAUAAUUAGGUACCUAUAUAAUAUUCAAUCAUAUUUUUUUUUUUUUUGGUAUUUGAAAAAUAAAAAAAAAGUAAAUUUUUGUUCUUUCAAAGUCAUGUUUAAUUUUUACAUUUCUUUUUUUUUCAAUAAUACGCAAUAUUUAUUCUUUUAAAAAUAUUAUACUUUUAUUAUUCAAAUUAUGUGGAACUUGGAAGCACCUGUUUGUAUGUUUUGCAUACCCACACGAACCUGACAUGACCUGACGUUUAGUAAAAGCAGUAUAAAAGCAUGGGUAUAAAACAUGAGUAUAAAACGACUAUCUGUUAAAAAAAAAAAAAAAAAGCAUGAGAGGCAUGUUUUCUACACGUGGGUCAAACAGUGUCUAGGUUAAAACUUAAAUCUUUUAAAGUAUUAACUCUAAAAAAUUGUCAGUAUUACAAAUUUAUUAAUUUAAUAAUUAGUAAUAAAAUGGAUAAACGAUUAAAAACUUGUGAUACAUCAGUAUUAAACUUGAUUAAUAAUUCAACAUCAAGAACAGUCAAUUUUAAUCAACUUGAUGAUAGUUGUCUAGUUAGGAUUUUGACCCAUUUACCAAUAAGAGAAAAAGUAGAAGCAGAAAAAGUUUGUAAACGCUGGAAAAACAUUUCAAUGACAAAAAUAUGGCAAAAUAAUACUCAUCUUGAUUUGACCAAUGGUUCAAUAAUGCUUAAAACUGAAUUUAAUGGACAACCACCAACACUUACAGAUUUACAAAGAGUUAUAAUACGUUGUGGAAAAUUUUUAAAAAGUAUAAAAUUUGGUAAAUUUUAUAAUUCAGCAGUACUGAAUAUUAUUCGUUGUAAUUGUCCACAUCUUCUAUCACUUGAGCUUGAUUUAUCAUCAUAUUUACCAAAUGAUUUUGUUGAUGUAUUUUCAAGAAUGAAAAAUUUAGAAGUAUUAAAAAUUUUUUCAACGUUUGAUAAUUCAGCAUUCAAGUUUUUUAGUGGUUUAGGAAGUUCGAUAAGAGAUAUUUAUUUAGAUGCAAGAAACGAUUCCGGCAAAGUUCCAUCAUUCCAGAAUUUUAAUUCAUUACGUUCAUUGACAAUGAAUGGUUUUUAUAUUGAUAUGAAAACAGUCGGUGAUAUAUCCCAAAUGAAAAAUUUAAAAAAUUUAAGUCUAAGAUAUUGUACAAUAAAAGAAAACGUACAAAUGAGACAAAUUUUUUUUCUAAAGUAUUUGGAAAAAUUGGAUUUUUUUAACAUGAAACCAGAAUAUGAAGGAGGUUUAACAGUAGAUGAUAGUUUAUUGAGUGAAAUUGUCUACAAUUUAAAAAAUUUAAAAUAUUUAAAUGUCAGUGGUUGUGAUAGUAUCACAGUUAAUGGAGUUAAUCUGUUAAUAAAACUUAAAAAACUGGAAGUAUUGUCGAUCGCUACAUUAGGACUUUAUAGUGUUAAAAAAAAAUUACGUUUUGGACCGUUUCAUCAGUUAAAAGUACUUAAUUGUAUGGGCAUUUAUGAAAUAAGUGACUUAAUUAUAAUUCCUAUUAUUAUUGAUUCACCAAAACUUGAAAAAUUAAUUGUUUCUGGAACAAAAACAUCUGUUUAUCUUCUUGAGCGAGCAAAUCAAAUUAAAAAAAAAAGUACAAUUAAUGUUGUACUUAAUAUUUGGACAGGAGAUUCAAUUAUUCAAGCUUAUCGUGAAUCCAAAGUUUCAAAAUCAAAAUAUCUUGUUGUUCAUUCACUUAUUUAAAAAUAUUAAAAAUUAAUUUCCCAUGAUGCUGAUAACAUUUUUAAUAAUUGUUUAUAAAAAUCAUAUAUUCUAUAAUCGAUAAUUAAUAAUUAUCUAAAUGAUAGUAUGAAUUAUUUUUUUAAAUAUGGAAUUGAAUUUGAAAGAAGAAAAUAUGUUGAAUGGAAAAUUUAAUAUCGAUUUGUUAAUGUUUAUAUAAUUGUUUCUAAUAUGACAAAACCUAUCUACAUAUAUUUUUGCAAAACGUAAAUCAAUAAUUAAAAGAGCUUGAUUUUUAAAAUUUUCAAUAAUAAAUAAAUCAACUAUUGCCAAGAAAUAUAUGUCUGAAAAUAAUUGGUUAAUAGGACAAUUGAAGAAAAAAUUCAAUUCCAUAAAAUAUAACUUGUUUGAAAAAAAUAUGUACAAAAUAAUUCGGAAGCUCUGCGAUAUGUAACCAUAAUAUGUAUAUGUAAUUUGUAUAAAAAUAUAAUAUUAUAAUUUGUAAUCAGUUGAACCCAACUUGUUCUCAAACCAGUUACAUUUUUUCCUGAACAAGUUAGGUAAAUAAAGGAAUUCUUAUUAUUAUUGUUAUAAAAAUAUUUGUCUGAUAUUUGUUUUUUUUUUCUUGUCACAUGUAUAGUGAUUGAUUUUUUUUAUUUAACGAGAUUUCUUAGUUUUUUUGUUAAUUAUUCAAAAAACAUCAAAUAAAUAUGUAUAAUGCCUAAUAAA